GUGUAACCAAUAAGAAUAAUGGAAGCUUUCGUCCAAAAGUUCCACGAACCGUCGAUUCUUAAGCUCUUAAGGAACGCUAAGAUACGUUCGGUUAAACCGAGUCAUGCUGUACCCACCCAGUCAGCAGAGGGGUCUGGAGAACGAACUACCAUGUCAUAAGUUAUAGUGACGGAGCGGCGCUCGCAAGUAAAGCUGAAAUUUCGGGGUUCAAGUACCUAGGCAAUGAUGGUCUUUCCUAAAUCCUAGUAAGCUUAUAAUCGACCGGGUACGCGGAAUUGCCUACCGUUUAUCUCCUCAUCAUGCCGCAUCAUAUCUCCCCACCGAUGCGGCACUCUUAGCAUCUGGUUACUUUCUCCAUCCUCCCGGAAGACAGUGUAAUACCAAUACCUAUAACCUCUUAUUUGCUGAAUACACCACCGAAUUAAUAGGCUUCAUGUUCGAGUGAAGGUUGAGCGACGGCUUAGCAACCCAAACCUUACAAAACGAUCAGGACGUCGAAAAGAAUUACAAUGCGCAGGGCCGCAUCAUCAGCGACGACAAGUAGCAGCUGGCGGACUAGAGAUGAUACCUUACCUAUAGGCAGUAGGACGAUGUCCGCCAGUAGCUGGACUACGACAACCCCGCCUGACACCGCAAAUGGCGAAGGACUCUUCUUUUCCUCCCUUAAUCCGCUUGCGCCCAUCACGGUCGUAAUGCUACAUGUACUAUUGAGUUCACAUCUCGAAUGGUCCCAUUGCUGGCCUCAGCUCUCCGAAUAUCAUCUUCUCAUACCCGACUUACCACAACACUCUCGCUCACGGCAUGUUGGGCCUUUCUCUUUCGCACUAGCUGCGGAUCUUAUUGCGAAUAUGAUUCGGGAGCACGCCCAUGACGCGCGCGCACAUAUCGUGGGGUUAUCGACUGGGGGUUUCGUCGCGAUGGAACUAAUAAAAAGGCACCCGGACGUCGUAUUGUCCGCUUUCGUUUCGAAUGCCGUCCCAGUCAACGAGUUAUGGAGAAGCAUCAAUGCGCGGCCAACGAUGGCUUACGUAGGGUUAUCGGUGCUCUUAUAUAGUCCGAAAAGCCUGUUAUUCAAGGCGACGGGCUGGGCGCCGGAAUUUCAAAACGACGAACUCCUUAAAGAAAUAAGGAAAAAUAAUACGUCAAGGUUAUACGAAGCGGGAUCGCGCGAGACUGGGAACUGGAGUCCGGAGGAUAUGGCGGAGGUCGGGAAGAAAGAUAAACGGGUCGUGUUGGUUGCUGGGGGCAAACAGGAUAACGUCGAGGGCGCACGGGAAAUGGGUCAUCUACUCAAGUCAUUGGGCUUAACCGACGGCAAAGAGUCCCGCGCAUUUUUGGUGAAGGACGCUAUUCAUGCGUGGAAUUUACAAUAUCCAUCACUUUUUGCUAGAGGGGUGCGGGCGUGGAUCGAAAGGACACCAUUACCGCAAGCGUACGAGCCACUGGAGAUGAUUCCAACGAACGACGCCGAACUUCAGAAAGGUACUUGAUGGAAAACGAUCUAGCAAACCGGUAUACUCGGACUAUACGUAUUAAGCGAUGAGUCGUAUAUCAACCCUGAAAACCUGACCUCAUUAGAUGCCACCCACUCCGCCAUGAAGCGAAUCGAGCGUACCGAUAUCAUCGUCCGUCUGUGUAGCAGAUGAAUAUUAGAAAUAUUUUAUUAUAAAGAUACCCGCAAUUGAACAUUAUUUCCAUUUCCCGUGGCGAAUCGUUUUCCGGAGUAGUACUGAUUAGAAAAUGAUUUACGGAAU